AGUCAACACCUGUUAAUAUAAAACCAAACAGUGGAAGAAAAUGAAAGUGUUCGUGCAAAUUUGUGUGCUCUUCGCGUUCUACGCUGUCACCCACUCAGCGAGUUCCACUUGGGGUGUACGCAAUUCAACCGAUUUGCUCAUACUUAGUAAGAACAUAUUUCAACCGGCUAUAGCACACAAAUCGCAACUCGUUUAUUAUGAUAUACCCGAAAAGUCCCAUAGCAAUUUCAAAGUAAUCAGCGUUAUAUAUUUGCAAGACAAGUUCACCAAUAGCUCUGGCCCUUCGAACACCUUAUACUACGGUGGACCCGGCCAGACUUUUGCCUCCAUACAGAUGAGAACCUAUACUGGUGUUGGUCUAAAUGUUACUAUUUUAGUUUAUGGACAAUAAAUGAGUAAUAAAUAAAUAGUGUAUUGAAUUGGAAAAA